UAAGGGGCUGGGAGGACAAGACAGACAGCUCAAGUGCUUGGUGGGUUGGUGCGUGCUGCCUGUCGCGGAGGGAGAGGAGGGGGCUCGGGUGCUGUGUGCAGUUGUCCUGCUUUCUUCUCUCUCACCGGUCGGCGAGCACGCGCGCACUCGCACCCGCCCCACAGCCCCUCCCAUAGACAAAUACACACAGACAUACAGGCACUUCCCUGCCUCUCCUUCUCGCGGUGGGCUUGUCUGCCUUGGAGGCGAGAGCGGGCUCGCGCCGCCGCCACCGCCGCCACCGCCGCCGCGCUCCCGUAGUUCUUGGGCUGACGGCCGCGGGCUGUACCCGGGGGUGGGGGAGGGGUGGUCCUGCGCCGCUGCGCGCUCCUCCUCCUCCCCCUCCCCACGCUGUUCCGAGGCCCGGGCGGCUCUGCCCAAUGAGGAGCGGCGUUGCUGGCAUGUGGGGAGUGUUUUUGUUUUGGGUUGAAGUUGAGGCUGAGAAGAGAGAAGAGCUAGCGACGAGCAGUCGUCGCCACUAUCGCGGUAGGAGGAGGAGGCCCUGCUGGAGUCGAGAGGUCUCUCCUCCCCGCCGACGGCCCCAUCCCGCUGCUCCUCUAACUCCUCUCAGUACCGGAACUCCGGGGCCUGCCCGGGGCCCCCAGUCUUUGCACGCCGCAGCACCCGGCCCCGGCCGCACCCGCCGGCCCCAUGAGGAGGGACGUGAACGGAGUGACCAAGAGCAGGUUUGAGAUGUUCUCAAAUAGCGAUGAAGCUGUAAUCAAUAAAAAACUUCCCAAAGAACUCCUAUUACGGAUAUUUUCUUUUCUGGAUGUUGUUACCUUAUGUCGCUGUGCUCAGGUCUCCAGGGCCUGGAAUGUUCUGGCUUUGGAUGGCAGUAACUGGCAGCGAAUUGACCUGUUUGAUUUCCAGAGGGAUAUUGAGGGCCGGGUAGUGGAGAAUAUUUCAAAAAGGUGUGGGGGCUUUUUACGAAAGUUAAGUCUUCGUGGGUGUCUUGGAGUAGGAGACAAUGCUUUAAGAACCUUUGCACAAAACUGUAGGAACAUUGAAGUACUGAAUCUCAACGGGUGUACAAAGACUACAGAUGCUACAUGUACUAGCCUUAGCAAGUUCUGUUCCAAACUCAGGCACCUUGACUUGGCUUCCUGUACAUCAAUAACAAACAUGUCUCUAAAAGCUCUGAGUGAGGGAUGUCCACUGUUGGAGCAAUUAAACAUUUCCUGGUGUGACCAAGUAACCAAGGAUGGUAUCCAAGCUCUAGUGAGAGGCUGUGGAGGUCUUAAAGCCUUAUUCUUAAAAGGCUGCACACAGCUAGAAGAUGAAGCUCUCAAGUACAUAGGUGCACACUGUCCUGAACUGGUGACUUUGAACUUGCAGACUUGCUUACAAAUCACAGAUGAAGGUCUCAUUACUAUAUGCAGGGGAUGCCAUAAGUUACAGUCCCUCUGUGCCUCUGGCUGCUCCAACAUCACAGAUGCCAUCCUGAACGCUUUAGGUCAGAACUGCCCUCGGCUUAGAAUAUUAGAAGUGGCAAGAUGUUCUCAAUUAACCGAUGUAGGCUUUACCACUCUGGCCAGGAACUGCCAUGAGCUUGAAAAGAUGGACCUGGAAGAGUGUGUUCAGAUAACAGAUAGCACAUUAAUCCAACUUUCUAUACACUGUCCUCGACUUCAAGUAUUGAGUCUGUCUCACUGUGAGCUGAUCACAGAUGAUGGAAUUCGUCACCUGGGGAACGGGGCCUGCGCCCAUGACCAGCUGGAAGUGAUUGAACUGGACAACUGUCCCCUAAUCACAGAUGCAUCCCUGGAGCACUUGAAGAGCUGUCACAGCCUCGAGCGGAUAGAACUCUAUGACUGCCAGCAAAUCACGCGGGCUGGAAUCAAGAGACUCAGGACCCAUUUACCCAAUAUUAAAGUCCACGCCUACUUCGCACCUGUCACUCCACCCCCAUCAGUAGGGGGCAGCAGACAGCGCUUCUGCAGAUGCUGCAUCAUCCUAUGACAAUGGAGGUGGUCAACCUUGGUGAACUGAGUAUUUAAUGACACUUCUAGAGUUACCGUGGAUCUCCAUUGGAAGCAAUCCCAGUGUUCCGGGCAAAGGUUACAAAGUGAGGGCGGUGUCCAGAUCCCCAGAGCCACACAUAAAUACGCAUACCCACUCUCACCCUGACCCAGUCUGUCUCUGUGACCAGGGGACUGAGUUCGAGCUGGCUUUAUCAUGUGGAUUGGUAAAACUUAACCAUUCCUGUUGGAUGUGCCCAGAAGAAAAUCAUAAGCAAGGUGGAUGGAAGGGGGCACUCCAGCAAACCCAGUGUUACUGCUACUGUGGUUUCUUUAUUUUGUUAAGGGGUUUCUUUGGCGAUUUUGGAACAGCAACUGCAGUCCUCCAGGGUCAAGGAAAGCAUAGAAAAACAAUACAUUUUGUAACAGGGACCAGAGGGAAAAUUUCUUUGCAUCCUAUAAAUGGUAGCCAUCCACUGUGAGAUGACUAAAGAGUUUCUGUGCUUCCUUGUUCCCAUGCCAACAUGCUGAGCAUGCUCACAAAGAAGGCUUGUCCAUUCCUCCUCCUGUGUUUUAGUAUUUGGCCCAGAGGUUUGCUAAAUGGUUGCAUUGAAAUCACUGUGGUCCAGAUGUGAUGACUUCUUCACUCAAAUUGUCACUGUCUGUAGCACACGGUGUACCUGUCUUUCCUUCCCUGUUGCUCCCUCCUGCACUCUUGCUCAAUCUGUCAUCUGUAAUAGUCUGCUUACUCACACUCAAUUGUUACUCCUUUGCUGCUGUUGUGUUUACAGUUGCAUUUGGAUGAUUAGUUGGGGUUACCAAACAUUUUUAAAAGAGACAUUAUCAAUAAAUAUUUUUUUAAUUCUAAAUUUUACCAUUAGGGGACCCUGCCUGAAUCUUUGCCAGUCAAGAAAAAUUAUGAGAGGAAAUUGAGCUAAGACUAUUUUGAUGAAAACAAACUUUUGCCUUUUGGUUUUUGUUAUAUCUUGUGAUAAAUGGUAAUAUGCAUGAUACACCCAGUAUUUCCCCCUGCACAUUUUUCCUUCCAUGUAACUUAAUAAGGAGAGAGAAAUGCAUUAUUAGGAAAGAGUGGAAUGGCAAAUCCCAAAACUGAAACUGAAAGCCACCUCCACCAAAGCUCAAAUAUUGUGUGUUGACCAAAAAAAUCUAGGUGUGAUCAGUGGCAUCUCUGAUUUGUGCCUGUGAGAUUUGUUCUACUUUAGCAGGAAUGCUGCUCGAGGAGUUAUGCGAUUGAGCUGGGCUGUUUCUCUUUUUUUCCUCCCAUUUCAGCUUAUCAGGGAUGCAAGAAUGACCCUAUCACAGCUGGUCAACUGUACAUCAGUGUUUGGUAUCAUAUCUAAUGUUGGAGCCUCAAAGGACUAGAACCUUUUCAGAACCCAUCAGCCAUCUCUCUUGAGCUCCAGACUUUCCAUGAGUGAAAUAUCAGAGAAGCCAGGUAAAGGCAUUGGGGUGGCAGAAAGAGAACAUUGAGAGGAAGUAGGGGGUUCAGUGUCUUGGGCAGCCUGGUCACCAGAGCUUAGAGCAGAGUAUUCAGUGCCCAUGAAUCAGAGUCAAAGAAGUUCCCCCCACCAAAAAAAAAAAAAAAAUCAUAGAGGAUAAGGGAAAUAAAAUGAGUUUCUGAAGUGUAAGAAGUAGAUUUCUAAACAUCAAGGUUAGAAACCUUGUGUGAUUUUUUAAUAGGGUGACUUUUGGUUUUUUAGGACAUUAAUGUGCAGCCCACCACAAUCUUAGGUCAUCUUCUACAUGAUUCAGGCUGUUAAAAGGCUUGUUUUAAUGCUGCAGGUGUUAGUAAUAUGAACAUAUGUAAGAAUAAAAUGUGAUUUACUUUUCCAUAAGCAAUUAGUUGAAAAGGUCCUAGGAAUCUACUAUCCACCAUUAGUUAGCAUGUUAAAUUUAUUUUAAAUCUUAUUUUAUUAUUACACCCUUUUAAAAGCUCAAAUUAUAUGUAUUUUUCAUUUCCUUUCCCUUAUCCUCUUUUCAGGUUACCACAUAAGGAAUAUACUUUUUUUCAAAGUGAGACGCACUCUUCUGGCUAUAUCCCACAUAUAUACAUAUACACAUUUGCACACACACUUCUAGAUGUGGUUGAAAAUAUUCAGAUCCCCAGGUAACUGGGGCAACAGCUCUAACAUACAAAGUUUAAAAAAAAAAAAAUAGUGCCUGAAUAAACCUUUGAUUUAUUAGUGAGUGUGGAUUUUAAUUUCCCAAUAGUUGAAGUUCUUGAGGUACUUCUUUAUUUAAAAAAGGAACAGACCUAUUCACUAGUACAUGAAUGUCUUGAAAAUGCUGUUUCUCUUCUCAAAGAGUGCACCCACAUGCAAGUCUCUGCGGACUUGUGCAGGUGAGAACAGUUAGGUGAGAAUAAAGGCCUUGGAGUAAGCAGCUCUGGUACGUAUAAGGUCAGGCAGGAGCCUUGUUCCUUUCUCAAGAAAACUUAAGGCCCAUAAAGCUUGGAAGGACACGUAUUUUUAUGCCAAUCUGAAACCUGUGUCGGUGAUGAAAUAUACAGGACUUUGAGAACCCAUGGUAAGUUUUGGUCAGGUGGAAAGGGUCCUAUCAUUUGAACGUAAUAUUUCCUGACUCAACAUUAGUAACUCUCGAAAAUCCAGUAAGGCUUUUCAGAUUAGGAAAAAUUUAUUGGUCCCUUUGUCUGACUCCAGAGUAUGCCUUCAAUUAAAAAAAACCAAAAACCAGAGUGAACAGUGAGAAGAGAUUUACACAAAGUAAGAAGGUAUCCUCAAAGUUAUUACACAUCCAGAUCAUCUCUUUUCUAAGCAGCCUUUUCCCCUUAUGUUUUCCAGCAUCAUCAGUAUCUUUUACAUCUUCAUUGACCCUACCUAUGAAGGUGAUGAUUCCACCUUUUUUUGUGUGUGUGUAGACUUCCAUUUCCUUUCUGUACCCAUUCUUGCCUUCUGUUUAAAGCUUCACUGCCAGUGACAGUGCUAAUUUAUUUCCAUGUCUUCAAUCUGGCUUCCUCUCUGAAUUCUUGUCCUGAUCUGGACAACCUUGAAUUCAGUAACUGUUAGGCAGCUCAGGCCAUUUUUCACUGAGUGAUCUUUGAUGUUUGCUUACUAAAUUUGAAAUCAAACUGUCAGAUAUAAGAAAUAAGGGAAUCUGGCUUCUUCCCUUGUUUCCAAUAUUUGGAAUAUGGAAGCACAUUGUGCUUUUAUGUAAAAAAUAUCUCUCAUCUUAUUCUGCUCUUUAGUGGAUGUAAAAGUAUUUCUUAAGUGGUUUUUAUAAAUUUCCACAUCCAUUAAGUUGAUUUAGUCAGACAUGUUAGUCAGAAUUUUUUCAUAUUCCUUAUAUCACCUUUUAAAGGGAAAUCUGGUGAAUAUUUUUAUGAUGCUUUAUUUCAGGCUUUCCAAACUGUUUGAACGGUUCAAUAUAGCUACAAUGCUGUAGCAGUCAAGUUCUUUUAUUUCUUCUAAUUGCCUUGUAAAAUGCAUUGUUAACUGGUUUGAUAACCCACAAAUGCCAUGGGAGGCUAAACAAAAUACGAGUUGGAACCUGUCUUAGUUUGAAGUUGUUAGGAAGUGUGAUAUCCCAGGAAAGAAGAGUUGGUUUCCUGUCUGCCUGUGGGUGACAUAUCCUUGGUGACUGUGUUGUUUAGAGCAAGGAACACUUGGUCAUGGUGGACCCUUGUCGAUUUCAUGUUUAUUGGGCUGAAAGUCAGAUUGCUCAUGACAACUGCCACCAGAGAGGAAGGGUUUAAAGGAAAUGGGUCUGUCCUGCUUUUCCCCCUUGCUGUGUGCAUGAUUUAAGGUUAGUUUUCUAUCCCUGUUGUGCAUCCUGGCUGACAGACUCCUUCAGUGGUAUGCUUUGAGCUUCUGGAACACUUUAUUAAAAAAUUGCCUUCUCUAUCUGCCCACCAGUUCUAGGAUCUUUAACCACCUCAAACCUAGGCCGUUUGAAUUAGUCAAGUCUUGUUUGAGAAGACAGAUAGGAUGUUUCAUUGGAGGUCUUGAGGCAGAAUCCUCUCCCUUACAAUGAUCUUGGACCAAAGAACCCUAAAGUGGUAGGAGCGUGAGGGGAGUUAAAAAGUCUCAGCCUCUCACCUUUAUUUCUAUCAUAAAUGCUAAUUAGAAAAUUGGAAGAUACAGAAAACUGUAUACAACCAUUUCAGUAGGGUAUAAUUAAUCCAGGUAAUUUGGCUUGUAUUUGCUGUGUCCAGAUGUCCAAACUUAACAUGACAUCUCCAGCAGAGGGCAUGCUGCUCUAACUUGCCCUCUCACUUGAAACAAACUUUCUACCAUUUGAGGCAAGUGAGUUUUCUGCAGGAAGGGCUUCUGCAGCCCACCCACCCCCCUGCCCCAAGGCAAGUCUACCUGUUUUGCCCAUGUUUAUCCUUAAGAAUAUCAGUUCUGCAUCUCUGGAGCCUUCAAUCCUUAGGAAAGUCAGUAAGAACUUCUCAGCUGAGUCUGAGGGAAUCUUUGAAGCCCAAGAGAGUUACAUUUAAUUUUCAGCAGGAAAAAAAAAAAUUGUUGGACAAGUUUACAUGGGUGUUAAGAAAAAUGUCAUAAUGCACUUCUUACAUCUCUGCCUCCUGUGUUUGUUGAGUAAGCCCUUGGUAGAGGUUGGUUCCCAGGUGUUGAGACUAAGUGCUUCCUCAGGCAGGGUGGUUCACUGCCCUUUUAGGAAAAAGAACCAUGAACAACCAAAACUAUAUCAGUUGACCCUUUUUGUUUUCUGUAUUUUUCAGUGUCUUGUUUUGAAGAAUCGGGGUGGGGAAAUGGUAGUUGCAAUUUUCAAAGUAAAGGAGAAAAUUGGUUCUGGAACUGGGGUACUUUGCUUCAGGUACGAGCAUCUGUCCUGAAUAUGUCGAAACAACUGCCUCGCAUGUGAGCAGAUUUACUUUCCAUCUAAUGAACUCCAUGCCCUUCUUCCUGGCAAGGAGGGCUUCUACUUUGCACACAGCCGACCAGUGUCACCCAGAAGGGGAUCGGCACCACUGAACACCACCAGUGCUUCCCAGCAACUUCUGGGCGUGGUUUCCACCAGAACACGAGCAGGUAGGAAGUCAGUGAGAACUCCCAUCAGGGAGAGAGGAGGGAACAGAGCUGUUCAGACACGUGUUCUCAACUGCCGUUCCCCCGAGAACCCAGGAAAACCUUUGAAGUAAUUUUUUUUUUUUUUUAAUUAAAGUGAAGGAAGAAGCUUUGCCCCACUAAGUUUUGGCUUGUCAGUGUCUCUUAUACCGCUUGUUGUUAUUAAUUCAAAUCUGUCCCACACUGCUGCUCACAUACAUGUAUGUGUUUGUUACCUUGGCCUAACCCUUCUCAGCCCCUGAUGUCGUUAUUCUGUGUUUUCUUUUUUUUAUGGCACUAGUGAAUGAGAACCUAAAGUCUUAGAAAAUCCUGACUUGAAAAGGAGUCUCUAACGGGCAUGGUUUGAUUAAUUCCUUUACCUUUCCCCACCCAAAGACUUGAAUGAUUUUCUUUCCUAGUGCUAUAUAAUAGACCUAAUAAUAAGUGAAACCUUUGCUGCUACUUUUCUGGGUUUACAUCAGUUUUUUUGUUUUUUUUCCUCCCCUUCCCUUAAGAAUAAUUUCUUACCUGUGCUUCUCUGAUGACUGUUAAUUUCAUAAGUACAGGAAGUGGUGAGCCUGAGAUUUCUUCUCUCACUUCCCUCCUUACCCUGCUCCCCCAAAAUACACUAACCUCUAACAUAUGCAAGAUCUGUGAGAUGGGGCUCAUCAUAAGAUACUUGUGGGUGUAUUUUUUCCUCACCACACUGCAGCUCUCAGAGCUGGCCCCUGAGGAUCUGUGACUACCCAGUCCGAAGAGUUGCUCCGGGGAGAGAAAGGCCUUCUUAAUUUUGCCUUUCUCCAUUCCUGUUUUACAAUCACCCUUCAGAUGCCUCCUGUUGUGGCUGCCUCUUUUCCCCUCCUUCCAGGAAUUUUUUCCCAAGCAGCCUGCCUCGGUCAUUUCCCAGCUCCUCUCCUCACCGUUGCCCACCUUCCAGGGACCCUGAGAGCCCAGACCUGAGAAACAGGCCUGUGCAGAGCUCAGAGAACUGUGAGGACUCCCCCUGCCUGUCAGACUCUGCUUGGGGACAGAGAUGGAUGGGUAAAUGGUGCUGUGGGAGAAAUUUUAUCUUCAAACCAGGCUGUUUGACCCUUGCACUGCCCCGCCUCCACCCCCACUCCCUGAGGAAGGGGUAAAAUGCAGAGGAUGGUUGACUGGCAGGGUCUGAUCCCCAACAUUGCUGUCUGGCCUAAGCCUUGUCCAGCCAUUCGGCCUGCCCUGGAGUGAGCGCUUUGGUGUGUGGGAGCCGCUGCUUGCUUGUUUCUCCACCAGGCCUGCCCCAACACUUAGCCAGUCCCUGGGGCCAACACAGUUCCCUCUGUGGUGACCUAACAGCAGCUUCCAUUAGCUGUCCAAGCAACUGUGUUUCCACCCAGUACUUUUGGCGCUUGAGAUUGGGGGGGUGGGGGGGAGGGUUAUUUAAAACAAAUAAAAUCCAAGGUGGCAGUAGAGGAUUCCUUUUGCUUUAAAAAUCUUUGGAUUAAAAAGAAAAAAAAAAUGUUUUUUAUAUAUAAAUAUAUAAAGUAAAUUGUUAUGUAACUAUUAUUGUUUCCUGUAUGUUCUAAUUUUUGUUUUAUGAUGUAAUUAAAGGAAAUAAGCUGUGAA